AUGAGUGUGUCUUCUCCAUCGUCAUCUCCAAGCUCUCCUUUAACUCCAAGAACCCGUUCUCGACUUUCUCGUCUCGGUUCAGAGACCAAUAUUAAAGUUAUAUGUCGAAUACGACCAGCCAACGAUGCUGAAAGCAGACGCGGGGGUAAAUUGCUUAGUGUGGAGCUGGAAACGGUAGUUUCUGUUUGUUCAAAGGAACCAGGAUUGGCACUUGAUUUUGAAUUCGACCGAGUGUUCACAGAAGAUUCGUCCCAAGAUGAAGUAUACAACGAGUCUGUGAAGCUGACGGUCGAGGAUUUUGUCCAGGGAUACAACGGCACUAUCCUAGCCUACGGCCAGACUGGUUCUGGAAAAUCGUAUACGAUGAUGGGUCCAUUGAACAACUCGAUUUCUCAACUGCGAGGAAUAAUUCCACGAAUAUCAGAAACUAUCUUUGAGAGUUGCAAGAAGAGGCCUGAUUUAGCGUUUAACAUCCUGGUUUCGUUCAUGGAGAUCUAUAUGGAGCAGAUCCAUGAUUUGUUGGACCCAUAUUCUGGUACAGAUCACACCAGAUUCAUGAUUCAAGAAGAUAAGAAUGAAGGAAUUUACGUUCGAGGAUUAUCCGAAAAGUCGGUAACCAGCCCUCAAGACCUCGAAUUGCUUUUAAACGAAGGUCUUGCGAUUCGAACCAUGUCAUCGACACAGAUGAACGCUGACUCUUCUAGGUCCCAUGCCAUUUUUCACAUCAAGUUGAGGCUGGUAAAUCCCACAAACAAGUCCACGAUCAAGAGCAAUCUCUUCCUUGUAGAUCUAGCAGGCUCAGAAAAGGUUAAUAAAACAGGAGCCACGGGCCACUCGCUCGAAGAGGCCAAGAAGAUCAACAGCUCACUUUCAAGACUAGGAACGGUUAUUUAUGCCCUCACAGACGGCAAGUCCGUUCAUAUUCCAUAUAGAGACUCCAAGUUGACGCGAAUACUUCAAGAGGCUUUGGGAGGGAACUCAAGAACCACGUUGAUAGUCACUUGUUCUCCAUCGACCAUGAACGAAAACGAAACUAUAUCGACUUUACGAUUCGGCGCCAGGGCCAAAAACAUCCGGAAUGUUGCCCAUAUUAACAUGGAGUUGAGUCCUUCUCAAAUGAAAGAAAAGUUGGAGCAGCUCGAGAUUGAUAAUAGGGUUCAACAGGUAUAUAUCUCUCGCCUCGAACAGGAAUUGGGUCAAUGGCGACAGGGACCUCCUCUCCAGAGCUCUGAAACUGACGAAAUUGCAUUACGAGACAACAAGAUAGCCGAGUUGGAAAAUACCGUAUUGACUAUGAAAAUGGAAAACUUGAAGGUGGCUCAUGAAGAAGAGCUGAAGAUGUUCAAACUCGAAAAUACUCUUCGUCGACUCAACGACAAGUUGAGUGACAUCGAACUAAUUAAUCUGAACCUACGAAAGCAUCUCAUAAUCACAGAAAAGUUAAUUGAGUCUCGAGACAAUCGCAUCAAUAAAUUGGAACAAUUUAUUGCAAAUCAAAGGAUGCAAGUACAAACCGAAUCCGAGUCGUUUGAAAGCAAACUAGCGCAUUUGAAAGAUAGAAUCGAUGCACACGAGGAAACAAUUCCAAUCAGCUAA